GUGCCGUUUUCAGCACCCUCAGGUGGGACCCUUUGCUGGUUGGUCUCUGCCUAGCAUGGGGGGGGGGGCUUUCUCCCCGAAAAAGCAGCGUGCUGGAACUUGGCCCCACAAGAAGCAUUCCCCACCAGAAGCAGGUUUGAGGGACCCAAUCUUAGGGUGACUCUCCUGGCUGAAGCUUCACAUCCUUCCUGCUUCCUAGGUUAAGGCAGGAUCAGCCUUCCAAAUGUUCGCCGGUGCUCAGCCAGGGCCCCACCUGAGAGGACAGAAUGCUUAAGUUCAGGCCUGGGGCCUGUGAACGCCCCCACACGUAGCCCAGCCGAUACCGCCACCUCCUCAUAACCGUGUGUGGGCAGGACACCAAACAAUGCCAGUAUGGACAAAAUAGCUUAUGAUGCUUAUCCCCACCCACCACUUCCGAGACAUUGAGCGGAAGCCAGAAUACCUCCAGCCGGAGAAGUGCGUCCCACCUCCCCACCCCGGUCCUGUGGGAACCAUGUGGUUUAUCCGCGACGGCUGUGGCAUUGCCUGUGCCAUUGUCACCUGGUUUCUGGUCCUUUACGCGGAGUUUGUGGUCCUCUUUGUCAUGCUGAUUCCAUCCCGAGACUAUGUGUACAGCGUCAUCAACGGAAUCGUGUUCAACCUGCUGGCCUUCUUGGCCCUGGCUUCCCACUGCCGGGCCAUGCUGACGGACCCCGGCGCGGUGCCCAAAGGAAACGCCACUAAAGAAUUCAUCGAGAGUUUACAGCUGAAGCCCGGGCAGGUGGUGUACAAGUGUCCCAAAUGCUGCAGCAUUAAGCCCGACCGAGCCCACCACUGCAGUGUUUGUAAGCGGUGUAUUCGGAAGAUGGACCACCACUGUCCCUGGGUCAAUAACUGCGUCGGCGAGAACAACCAGAAGUACUUUGUCCUGUUUACAAUGUACAUAGCUCUCAUUUCGUUGCACGCCCUCGUCAUGGUGGGAUUCCACUUUCUGCAUUGCUUUGAAGAAGACUGGACAAAGUGCAGCUCCUUCUCGCCACCCACCACGGUGAUCCUCCUCAUCCUGCUGUGCUUCGAGGGCCUUCUCUUCCUCAUUUUCACAUCAGUGAUGUUUGGGACCCAGGUGCACUCCAUCUGCACAGACGAAACGGGCAUCGAGCGCCUCAAACGAAAGCACCAGCCCAGGGAGCGCAGGGCCAGCUGGAAGUCGGUAAAGGAGACCUUUGGUGGGGACUUCUCCCCGAACUGGUUCAACCCCUUCUCCCGACCGUGCGACCCAGAGCCUCUCAGUGACAGGGACUGGGUGCGGCAGGUGGCCUCGCUGUCCGACAUGGGCAACACGGAGACGACAGAGGAGCAGUCGGAGGAGAGGAAGGAUGAGGACUCUGUGGAGGUGAUAGAUGAGUGAAGCUGCCGUGGAGGGAGGGCCGGACACUGAGAAGCCGCUGGCGCCCCCGGCUGCGGGUGUCACGGCCACGGCGUGUCGUGAUGCGCCACCCUGCACCCCUGCACCCCACCGCUCCCUGCGGACCCCUCGCUGUCAUCGCCAGCCCCUGUGCCCCCUCCUAUCUCCCCAGGCCGGGGGGGGGGGUGGUGGUGGCUGGGGGUGACAGGGGGACGAGAGACUCUGAGGGUCCAUCUAAGAAGAGUCUGCCCAGAGCGGGAUUGUCUGUUCUUCCAGAGGGUCCUUUGUGACCGGCACGGCCCGGCCAGCAAAGGACGCUCUAAACUGGGCAGCCCAGGGGCAGGGAGGAACUUGCCUUUGGAUUUUCCUGGGAUGUCUGUCUCCUCUUGGGAAGGUUGGCGCCCCGGCUCCUGACUUUUGAGAACAAAGGCCAUGAUGUUAUGACGGGACAGGGCAGGGCUGGCCUCGGGGCCUGGGGUAGACACUGACACCAGGAGAGACCAGCCUCGAAAGUUUGCAGAGGCCCAGCUGCUCCCAGAAAGGCUUCCCUGAGCCUGUCCACACAGAAGAAGGGCAGGGCUGCCACAGCAGCUGGCACAGGCCAGGCUGGGUCUGAGGAGGGCCCCAUGCCCCCUACUGGGCUGCGCACACACACGUACGUGCGACACGUGCCCGGGGUUGGAAACGUGGGUUCUGACCGUAACUGUGUCGGGACAGUGGCACCAAAACUCAGCUCCCUUUCCAUCCCAAAGACACUAGAAUCGUCACUGAGCCGGGCGGCUUGGAGCCACCCUGCCUUGUGGCUACAGGUCUGUCCAUUCACAGACAGGGACGGGGGAGAGGACCUAUUCAGAGCUGCUGGGGACUCUCUGACCGCCCCCCUGAGAGCUUAAUUAACUUUCCCUCUGGAGGGAGUCUAACAACCCAGUUGUGCAGAACUGACCAGAAAUCUGGCCCCUGUGUUUUAGGCCACGUCUCCUAAGAUAGGGUCCAACUUGUCUCUCUGAAGGGUGGGUGGUGGCCAGGGCCUGCAGAUGGAUGAACCGGGAAGACCAGACAGACGCACAGACUCACGAGCACACACACACACACGCGCGCACACACACACACCGCACUUUGCCAGGAUGAGCCUGGACCCCGGCCACUCCGUGUGAAGCCUGAAGUGUUCGUGGCCAUCACUGAAGGCCAUGGCAGGGGUCCUGAGGCUCUGAGACCCCAUUCCAACAGGUGGCGAAGAGGCGUCUUCCACACAAAGUCCUACCGAAGGGUUCGGGUCUCAGUCUGGUGUUAAGACUGGAUUCACCACCCCACUUCCCCUAAGUAAACCUUGGUUCUCUCUGGCCCGUCGUCCCAGGGUCAGCGGGCACCAGCAUGGGAGGAGGGCUCAGGCACCGAGGCACAGCCUGCCCGUGCCAGGUCUCUGUCCCGGGCUCCAGGCAGAAGAGCAGGAGCCCCCCCACCGCCCCCAGAGGGCCUAUAGCCCCAGUUAAGUGGGGAAGAAGGUCAGAGUUUGGAGGCACAGCCCAGGUCGCUUAGGAAGGAAGCUUGUGGGAACCGUAGGAAAGAGGAGGGCCAGGCAGCGGCCUAGUUCUCAGGUAGCAACUGUGAAGGGCAGUGACUCUUGUCACAGAGAGACCCCCUGUCUGCAGUUAAUGACCUACCAGGCCCCAAGGCUAACUGCUCAGAGGGGCUGGUGUUCACAUAGCCACCUGUCUUAAUCUCAGCUCAGAGCCCUUGGAAGACGUCCCGUGAGGGGGGUGAUGGCAGGGCUCUCGCAGUGACAGAGCAACCGGAAAGGCCCGGACCUCCCACACCCAGGCUGUAGCCCUAUCCUCUUGGUCCACAUCAGCUUUAAUAUUUAUUAAUGACGACGUCAGGAGCCCUGGUCAGCUCCGAAGGCCGUUACCUCGCACUCUGGGCAGGCCACGGCCACUUGCCACUUUGGGAGAGCCGUUCUAAGGUCGCAAGAGGCCUGCCGUUUGCUGUCCUAGCCCGGAAGGCAGGCAGACUGCAUACCAAAGACUCCACACUGCGGCAUCACCCCUGGAAGGCAGUUAGAAUAAGGGAAGAGGGUUCCCCGGUCGCUGCUGGCAGGCCCGUGCUCAGAGGGGUGUUGAAGCGCCUGCUCGGGGCCAUUGGCCUGAAAGCAGAGGCACCCGGCAACCCCAAAGCCAGUUCUGUCUCUGGCUGUGGGAGACAUGUCACCUGCGGUCAGACUGGCCUCCCCAACGCGUGAGCUCCUCUCGUGCUGGCCCUCGGCCACGGCAGAGCCCGUUCUGGGGGCACAGACGCGUCCGACCCUGAGCUCCCCCCACACCACUGACAGGCGGCCUGCCCUCCUUGGCGGCUGUCGACAGCAUAACGCUGUGCUUGCCUCAAACUAACGGGAUCGUAACUUGUCCACACAUGACGAGGACCACGGGGAGGGAGGCUGGGCGCAAGCUUCCACCUCGUGCUCUGGAAUAAAAAGCUCUUUGCUCGA